AGGCGGAAGUCACGGUCAGCCGAUCUGAUCACAUGACCUACAGCAUCUGUCACAGAGAAGCCAAAUUCCUCGUCUUCUCCUCGCUUCUUAUCUUCCUUCUCUCCGGGAUGGCUGGUCGGGGGAAACUGAUCGCCGUGAUCGGUGAUGAGGACACGUGCACCGGCUUCCUGCUCGGCGGGGUCGGUGAGCUCAACAAAAACCGAAAACCGAAUUUCCUGGUGGUGGAGAAGGACACGAGCAUCACGGAGAUCGAAGAGACCUUCAAGAGCUUCUUGGUGCGUACCGACAUCGGCAUCAUCCUCAUCAACCAGUUCAUCGCCGAGAUGAUCCGUCACGCCAUAGACGGCCACAUGCAGUCCAUCCCUGCCGUGUUGGAGAUCCCGUCUAAAGAACACCCAUACGACGCAUCCAAGGACUCCAUCCUGCGCCGUGCCAAGGGGAUGUUCUGUGCCGAGGACUUCCGCUAAACACACACUCACACACAUCCACAACUGUAAUUGAUGUGAUCGUCCCUGACUCUCUGUUUGAUGUUUGUUUGGCAGAUUAUUAACUAAAUGUGGUGAUUUGUUCUGUCUCUUCCUCUCAACAUGAUUAUUCUUAUUUCCUGUGCGCGAGCAUGUGUCUGUGUGAGUGUGAGAAACAUUCCGUUUGACGUUCAGAAACAGGAAGCCGGUCAUGUGACACGUCCUGAUAGAUGUGUGUGUGUUCUGUCAGCUGAGACUGACUCAGAGAAAAAACAUUGUUUUGUUUGAUUGUUUUAAAUUAUUAAACUUUAACCUCUUCAUGAAAAUGA